AUGGCUGCUACAUUAGCGCAUAUAUCUGUGGCGCCUAAGGCUGCUCAUAAGAGCACCGUGAUAUUCCUGCAUGGACUGGGUGAUAGCGGCCACGGCUGGCUGCCGGUCUUCCAGCGAUUCGGCACCCUGCUGCCGCAUACCAAGUUCAUCCUGCCUCACGCCUCCGAGCGUCCCAUCACGCGACAUCGAGGCGCAGUCCUGCCCGCAUGGUUCGACAUGCGUGACUACGCAAACGUCUCCAAUUCGCAGAUAGACGACGAGCCCGGUCUUCGAGCCACCUCCGCCCAAGUGGACAAGCUCAUCCAGGCCGAAGUGGACGCUGGGGUCCCGGAGAAUGAGAUUGUACUGGGUGGAUAUAGCCAGGGAGGGGCUGUGGCGUCUUGGUAUGGCGUGACGAGCGGGAGGGGGCUGGGUGGGGUGGUGGUAUUGAGCAGUUGGCUGCCUCUGAGCCAUAAAGUACGGGAGGAAGCCAAAGCGACCGCAAAGGAUGUCCCUGUGUUCUGGGGACACGGCGAAGCGGACCCGAUAGUAGCGUAUCAGAAUGCGGUCAAGUCCGUGGAGAUCCUCAAGGAGCUCGGACUCCCUUCUGUACCGCCAGGCGAAGCAUUCGCGAGGCCCGGAGUCAGAUUUGAGAGUUAUCCAGGAAUGGAGCACACGACGUGCGCGAAGGAAAUUGAGGAUCUGGCAGGGUGGCUCAAGGAGGCGCUGCCAUAG